UUCAGUUCGGCCAGCGUAACCUUAAACGGGCUUUCUGGGAUGGGCUAUUUUGAAAAGUGCUUUUAGUAAACCUAGCAAAAACCCUCCUUUUCUUUUGCGAGCUGCAAAGAGCUUCUUCAGCGUUGUGAAGAAGAAGAAGAACCCUCCGUCUAAGCUUCAGGUAAGCCAUGGUUAAGCAUAAUAAUGUGAUCCCUAAUGAGCACUUUCGGAAGCAUUGGCAAAACUAUGUCAAGACUUGGUUCAAUCAACCAGCUCGGAAGACAAGAAGACGGUUAGCUCGGCAGAAGAAGGCUGUUAAGAUUUUUCCGAAGCCUACAGCUGGGCCUCUUAGACCUAUUGUUCAUGGUCAGACAGUUAAAUACAACAUGAAACUCAGAUCAGGGAAAGGGUUUUCUCUAGAAGAACUUAAGGCUGCUAAUAUUCCUAAAAAGCUUGCUCCAACUAUUGGCAUUGCUGUUGAUCAUCGCCGUAGGAAUCGUUCUUUGGAAAGUCUACAAACUAAUGUCCAGCGGCUGAAAACAUAUAAGGCCAAAUUGGUCGUGUUCCCAAGACGGGCUCGCAAGGUCAAGGCUGGUGAUUCUAGUCCCGAGGAACGCGCAAAUGCCACACAAGUGCAGGGUUCAUACUUGCCCAUUGUGACGGAGAAGCCAUCUGUUGAGCUUGUUAAGGUUACAGAUGAAAUGAAGGCAUUCAAAGCGUAUUAUAAACUUCGUCUUGAACGAACUAAUCAACGCCAUUUUGGUGCCCGACUAAAGAGAGCUGCUGAGGCAGAAAAGGAAGACAAAAAAUAGCGACCAUGAGAAGUUUGUUUGUAAUCCAAAAUAUCGGUGUUGCAAGACAUUUUUGUUUUGAAAUUUGUUACCCUUCUCUUUAUAUAGAGUAUGUUAAGUAUCAUCCCUCUUGAGCAUUAUUUGGUGAAAUCUGUCUCUUGGUACACUUUUUUUGGAAUGUUGGUUGUUUAUGUUGCCAUGCUUUCCACACAUUCAACUUCCUGUUUUUAUGUCUGGUUUCUCAAUGACUAGUUAAGGUUAUUUUUAA